AUAAGUAGGAAUAAAAUAAAACACUGAAGUAAAUAAUAAUGGGGAGAUAACAUGCACAAAUACUAGAUUAAAGGGUUCACUUGAUUUUGUGAAUUAAAGAAUAUUUAAAUAUGAGUACUUUUAUAAAUAUUGGGCGAAAACUGUUAAUAACAUCAAUUUUUCGACUGCAGUGUGUUUCACAAUUUAAGCUUAAACCAGGUUAUACGCGAUCUAUUCAUAGUAGUACUGGGCUAUUCAUUAAAAUGUAUAUGGAAAAAGAGAAUGAAUAUGCAUACAGUGUGUUAGAAAAUAAAGGUUAUGCAAUAAAUAUUUAUACAAAACAUUCUAGCGAAGCUAUAUCUCAAGAAGAGUUUCAGCGAUUAAAUAAAGAAGAUUGGACUAAGAAAACAACCCAAGAAAUUUUUGAAAUAUUCCCUAUAUUCGGAAAAUAUUGUUCACAACAUAGCUUAUGCAUAUCAAGUGAAAUAUUUGAUAAUUUCAUAGACAAUCUAACUGAUACCAUACAAAUGGCUACUGACUCACAAUUAAAAACUCUUUUUUAUUCCUUAAACAUGUGGCCAGAAACAGCAUCGAUUAGAACAAGAAACUAUAUUGAGGUAUGGGCUGCACUUGAUGAUGAAUGCCUAAAACGAUUAAAAAAUUGGUCACACGAUGAAAUAUUAUCUUUUAUAUCAUUGUUUUUUAUGUUGAAUGUUACAAGAGUAAGUGAUUUUUCUUGGAAAAGUAUAAAUAAAUUAGCAACUAAAGCAAAUCAACUAACACCAGGACAACUAGUUCAAACAUUAUUUUUUGUGGGAGUCCUACGUAAACAACCACAUGACAUGCAUAAUUUAGAAAUUCAUUUUUCUAAAAACUUUGCAUGUUUUUCAGUUGAAGACAUUGGCAUAAUGAGCAUGGGUUUUUUUAAGAGUAAAUGUCCUAUAAGAAGUAUGGAGCUUGCUUCAAAAAUAAUCAAUAAAGUUAUUGAAGGUUCUGAACAUGUUCAUGAAGUUGCACUAGCUGCUAUUUUAAAAAUCAUUAGAUAUUCAGUGAAGCAAAAUAAAAAUAAUGAAAUAUUUUCACUGCUAGAUGUUUUACAACAUCAAGUCACAAGGCUUUCUGUAAUGUGCAAUGUACAUUUAGCACUAGUUGGAACAUCAUCACUUACAGUACACAAUGAUUGUCUUACCAAAAUAGCCCAUUAUAUAAUGGAUCAUAUGCAUGAAACAAGACUAAAAGACCUUGAAAGAUUAAUUUUUACAUAUGGCACAUUUAAUUUAAUACCAGCUACGAAAGAUAAUUUUUUUUCUAAAGUAAUUGAAGAACUGAAAAAACCUGAAAGAUUUCCUGAGAUUUCACAACAUGGAAAGUCAUACAGUUGCUGUAUAUCAUUUUUUGGAUUGGUAGGGAUAUAUCCUGUAGAUUUAAUAAGUAAAGCUUUAAGCCCAGAGUUUAUAGAAAAUACAUAUGGCAAACACAUGUUUAGUUAUGGUAAAGAAUUAUUAAGCCUACAUAACAGUGCAGAGAUAUUUUGCAGGGAGUCUGCAAUGAAUCGGCUUAGUGAAAAAGCUGUGCUCCUCCUGUCAAAAAAAUAUACAGAUUAUGUACCAUCUGAAAAUUACAAAAAACAGUACAAUAUUAGUGAAAAAAUGAUGCUAGAUAUUAUGAAAGUUUUGGGAGAUUGUCGAGGCGGCCAAAAUUAUGUCAUAGCUGAACAUAUUUUAACCCACCAUCAAAGAGGAGAUAUAAUCAUUUGCAAUGAUCACAAUGGAAAGCCUAUGCCAGUCAAAGAAGCAUUUAAAAAUGAUACAUUUGGGUAUAUUCGGAAGCCUCCUGAUGACAAUGAUUGGAUUGUACUUAUAAUAGGUGGAAAAAAUUCCCUAAUUCAGAACUGUAAUGUACCUACAGGACAGUUUCAGACAAAAAUUCGAGAACUUGCAGCUUUAGGCUACACUCCAAUAUUGGUGCCAUGGAAAACAUAUUCACAACUAGAUAAUUUUGAAGAGAAAGAAAGUUAUCUUUGUAGCUUAAUCGAAAACAGAUCAAGGAAAAAUCAUAGUUGUACUGAUACUGUAUUUAAUAGUCUUCAUAGUCAUAAUUCUUAGAAAGUGCUAGAUUUAUAAGUUUAGUUCUCUUUAGGUCUCAAAAGAAAAAUAUGAAUGAACUGAAAAUAUUUUUCAUGGCAGAAUUUCUUGACAUUGAGGUAGCUUGGUGAGUUCGUAGUGGACUGAAUUGCGUACCAACGAGUCUAUACUUGUAGUCCAGGGAAAGGUUGAGGAUACCAGGCCACCACGAAAAUCGCCUUAAGAUGGACUGACCAGAUUAAAGCGGCAGUAAAUGGGGUCAUCAUCACUGAAUGCACUAUCAGAGCGGACUGGCGGCGUGUUGUGAAGCUUGCUACCAAUACAUGAACUGAUGACCACGACCACUCUGUCAAGAGCGAUACCGACGAAGAAGAAGAAGGCUGAGUUCGUCCGUUUAAAACAGAUUAUGUACAAAGCUGUAAUAAUAUUAAUAAAAAUGAAAUUUAAAACAUGUUCGUUAAAUUCAAAAUAAAGGAUACUUUAACUAAAAAACAAAACCUUGUGUGAUUAUUUGGAGUUGACUGAAAUACAAACACUCGUUUUAAAAAGUUGUCUCUUUUGUCCAGGUUAAUACGGUUCCACCGUUUCUAUCGACUCGUUCGUAGGUACAGAAGAAUGAGUUAUUUUUAUUCGCCAAAUAUUAUAUGUAAUAAAUAAACGCAAAAAACAUGGAACUCGUAUGGAACCGCGGACGUUAAUAGUAAUUAACUAAUUUGAAAAAACGGCGUAACACGAUAACCGCUAUCGUGUCCACCGCUAAUUACAUAUCCGAGUACGAAACAUGUCCUUGUCGGAUCUCUCGGAUAGGCAAUCAGUACUU